AUGCUUAGCUUUCGCGCUGUCUCCGUGGCCGCGCUGCUGUGUGGUGCUGCCGGAACGACACCUCGACCUCCCUUUGUAGAGUACGUCAAGGUCGCAAGGUGGCUGGUGCACAACAGUGACUACGCAGUCUCGUCCACGAGCUGCGCUAGUGAGCGCCUCGGCUGUGCCUUCAAGGGGCAGCCCUUCGGUGAUAUCAUGUCCAUCGCCGAUGGCACUGACACGGUCUCCACUGGCAUCGUCUACACCUACCUUCCGCCGGAGGAUUCGGCAACCCAGGACAUCCUUGCAGACCCCCGCAUGACCUUGACUUUCUCCGAGAAAGCCAUUGGCUGCAAGAGCACCGCCGAAGACCCGCCCUGUGCACGCUUGACCAUGGCUGGCAAGCUCACAGAG